CUAUCUCAUCCACCCAGAACGUGCCAUUGCCCAACAACUGCACACAUGUCGAGUCGCAAGAACAGUCGCCGCGCCAGCCGCAGCAUCGACAUCCCAAUUCCAGCUGCAGCAGCUAAUGCUGUUGUGCUCAACUCGCCAGACGAAGAGAGAGCCCAGGCCUUCGAGGAGUAUGCCAUUAGCGGAGGGUCAUACUCCGACGACCACGAAUACUCGCACCUCGACUCGGACCAUGUCAUGUUUGUUCCCUCCGCGGGGACCCGAGACCUGGAGGAAUCGCACAAUCAAGCAAAGUAUCGCCACGUGGCCGUGCAUUCUGCCUUCUCCACGGCGUCGACGUCACCCUUUGCAUCGUACAGCUCGUCGCCGUCGACCAGCAGUAGUUUCUACAAGAGUGCCGCGUACAGCGCAUCUCCUCCGAUGAUGUCUAUCUUCGGCAAACAGCCGUUCCCAGACUUCAAGGUGCAGGUGAGUCCUUUCGCGUCAGCCGUGGCGCCCUUGUCACCGUCGCUGUCGUUGGAGAAUGCAUCAACCACAACGUUCCCGUCUUCCCCGACGCUUGCAUCAUCAUCGGCAGACCCGUUCCAUCAAGAACUGCCCGUGCCGGCGCUCGAAACCACCGAGUUCUACCACAAGGUCAACCCAUCGUUCCCGACCAAGUCGACCCCCAUGGAAUGUCUCGAGUUCUUCGCCAAGACUCUGUCCACGUUGGGGUUCCAGUACUCGAUCAAGGAACACUGGACGAUCGCGGUCACGGGGCUGUUGUGCGUAGAAGAAGUGCAGUUUUCGAUUCAACUCAAGCAAGAUGUGGACAACCUCAUCGUCGACUUUACCCUCGAGCAAGGCUGCGAGCGCAACUUUCUGCGCCUGUUUGACAUCGUCCGGCACCUCGCGCGGUCGCUGGACGCCCAGCCCUUACCGACGACUUCAUUUGUGCCGUCUAUGGAGUGGCUGGAUGUGGAUUCGAUGCCAGAGCUGUUUCCAGGCUCGUCGCAUGUAUCUGCGACAACGUUGUUGGAGUACUGCGAAGAGUAUCUGCAGUUGGCCGACGACGCGACGACCACCAGCAGCACGCGGGGGGACGCGUCGCGCUUGGAGAUGGCGGCAUGCAUCAAGAACGCGUGCCUGAGCGACAAGAACCGGGCGCUGGUGGUCGCGUCGGCGGACCUGGCGGGGGCGUUCGGGUCGGCACUGUAUCGCAUGGCGCAGGACGACCAGCUGUCGAUUGUGCGGUUCGCCGUGUUUAUUUUGAGCCUCUUCGACGUAUCGACCCUUGUGGCGCUGGCCGCGCAUCUCCAAGUGGACGGCGGCAUGCUCUCGGUGCUCGAUAAGAUGGAAACCCAUGAUCCGAUCCCGAAAAUGAAAUCCAUCGCCGCGUCUGUCCGGACGAAACUCGUGCCGUCGAAUUAACUUAAGUUACAAGUACUACAGUACCGAAUUCUUCCAUACAAAGUGUACCUGGUACAUAUCAAUAGUACAGCUGCGUCCACACACGACUCUAAUAUGUGAAUAAGGUUGGUCGAGAUAUGUAUUUCCAUGAACUGCUGGUUCAAUAUGUAGCGACACAAGUCGCACGUACGAACU